CCAUAGUGCAGGCCGGUACGUUCGCGCGCAUACUAGUAGUGCCUAACCAGCGAGCACGGCGGACGACGGUCGUGACGCACCACCGGUAGACCAUAUAGAGAACUCUUGCGCGCCCCGGUGAAUACUGCGCGUGUGCAUGUGUGUGUGUCCAUGCGGUGUUUGUGCUUCGCUUAAUUCGUACUUUUUUUUUUUUUUUUUUUACCGUUCUUCUUCUUCGUAUUCUUCUCGCCCGUACGGAUCACGGAUCCCUUUUCGAACAUUUGACCGGGUUUUCACGUAUAUAGUGACCGUCGAACAGUUUUACAACAACGAAAAUACAUUUUCUACCGCGUCACCGUUACGUCCGUACACGAUCGUGAAUUCAUUUUUUAUUUUCGUAUCAUUUAUAAAAUUCGAACCGUCGAAACGAUAUCGCGCGAGCCGUCCGUAUCGUCCCAUUGUCGCGCGAGUGCGCGUUCUCCGCGUGUCCGUCGAAAACUUCCACAGCCAGAUCAGUGACGGGGAGCAACGCGUCAAGGCACGGCUUUCGGCGAGGUGAAUGACACCGAAGAAGGAAUUAUGAUUGGAAUGGAACUCGGCUUGGGGCAUCAUGGAGGCUCGUUACACCCUCACAACAUGCCGCAACAUCAGAUGCACGCGCAAAACCUUAUGCAUCAGUCGCAGCAACAAAUGCACCACGACGAUGGUAAAAACAAAACAGGAUCGGGUAACAUCAGCAGCAGCAGCAGCGUCAACGGGUUUUCGCAAGAAGGUCACGGCGGUGUAAAUCAACUGGGUGGAGUGUUCGUAAACGGUCGACCGUUACCGGACCUGGUCAGGCAAAGGAUAGUCGAACUGGCUCACAACGGAACCAGGCCGUGCGACAUAUCCAGACAGCUCAGAGUUUCUCAUGGAUGCGUGUCGAAAAUAUUGUCCAGAUACUACGAAACCGGAAGUUUCAAAGCCGGCGUGAUUGGAGGCAGCAAACCGAAAGUGGCCACCGCGCCCGUAGUGGAUUCCAUAGCAAACUACAAGCGAGAAAACCCGACGAUGUUUGCAUGGGAGAUCCGAGACAGAUUGUUGGCCGAAGGCGUUUGCACUCAAGACAACGUGCCCAGCGUUUCGUCGAUCAACCGGAUCGUCCGGAACAAGGCGGCCGAGAAGGCGAAACACGUGCACAACCAGCAGCAGAACCAGCACCACCAGCAGAAUAGCAAUAGCAAUGGAAGCACGGGCCCGCCGAGUCAACAGCACCAUCAGCAACAGCAACAGCAGCAGCAACAACAGCAACAGCAAGGUUCCGGUCCGGUGUCCGUGAUUGCCCACGCGCCGGCACCGCAGCAGUCGACCGUCGUCGGCGGCGGCGGUGGCGGAGGCGGUCACCUGCACGACCGGUAUAGCAUAAACGGUAUACUGGGCAUACCGCAACACGAUCCCAACGGUAACGUGACCACGGCCAAACGGAAACGCGACUUGGACCAUCACCACCAUCACCAACAACAUCACCAUCACACGGACGAAAACCGAGACCUGAACAGUCACUCAGACAGCCUGCAAAUCAAGAGAGAGCGAUCUCAAGUGCAUUACAACGGCGACACUUCGUUGUAUUCAAAUGUAUCUCUUUGGCCCGGCAAGUGGUGUUUGAAAGACGAGCACAAACUGUUCUCGGAGCUGAACGCGGGCGUGACGUCCGGCGGCGGCACGUCGCCGUUCUACGACGCCAACCAGACAGCGUUUUCCGCGACCCCGCUGUCGGCUGACCUGUACGAGACCAUGGGCCAGCCGCAACAACCAACUCAAAACUCGACGCCGGUCUAUACGCCGCCCGUGCCCACAACGCUCGUAGGCGGAGUCACUCCCUUGGCCCCGUUGACCAUGCAAGAGAUCCAAAAGAUGAGCCCCAGCACGGUUUUAGACCAUUCACACAUGUCGCCCGUCCAAUAUCACACAGAUAGCGGUACCCCUGGCGGUUUUAGUAACGACGGCGGCAGCGGAGGCGGCGCCGGACCGCAGCAGUCCGGCGGCGUCUCGCUGUCGUUGUCGGCCGCAGACGUCACGCCCGCCGGAUCGCCCGACCCGUCGAGCCUGACCGUGCUGCAACCGGCCAACAACAACCAGAACAACGGUACUGUGUACGCGGCCUCAGCGCCAACCAUGUUACCGGGUUUCACCACGCAUUACGCCACCACAGGCGCUGGAACCGAAUACGCGUCGUACACGAGUUCACCUUACAACCAGUACACUUCAUCCCCGUACGCUGGCUACAGUUACAGCACCACCGGCACCAGCGGUCUUCUCAAUCACCGUUACUACUACAACAACAGCGGCCACACUAACAACGCGCACGAGAUCUGCGGUAAUGAGUCGGGUAGCAGUGCCAGCAUGGCUGCCCGGUCGCCGGUGGCGGCCACCAGGGCGAACUCGGCCGCGUGCGCCAGCGCCUCGUCGCCCCUGGGCAGCGCGUCGUCGCCGUGCCAAGCCAACAACCCGGGCGGUGUGACGUCGCCGUACAUCGGGAUCAGCUAGACGCGAGUCGCGAGCACAGCCGCGGUGACGAACACGAGUUCCGCCGGUCCCGCGAGCACCUGUGAACCGUACACGAAAUCGCACCGGUGACGGAAGCGUAAUCGUUAACAGAAAAAAAACCGUCGACGAAUGUUUGUCAAACCGUUCUGUUUGUUUUCUCUCUUACGUUUUGUACACAUAGUGUUGUGUACGUACCCUGUGUGCACGUGUACGUCUUAUUAUCGGGUGAGAAACCCGUGUCCAACGUGUAAUAAUGUGUUGCAUCACGUUUCGAUGAUCUAUGUGUGCAGCGUUGUUGGAAUCAAAGUACACGCGACAUCGUUUACUUGUUCACAAUUUUUUUUUUUUUUAAAUUUUGUUCAUUUUUUUCAUUUUAUUUUUUUUCAUAGUAAGCCAAAGAUGUAUUAAUAGUGAUGUUAUUUGUACAGGAUCCGAUGUAUUUUAUAUUGUAUUGGACGAAAAUAACGAAAAAAAAAUGUUUUAUAUAUAUAUAUAUAUAUUUAUCGAUCAAACUAAGUUCGACGACGAGCUUCAUUUGUAUAAAUACUUAAUGUACAUAAAAUAGUAUUGAAACGUAACUGAGCCUAGUAUGUAAUUGCAAUUUUUCCGAACAUUUAUCGCGUAACAGCCAACAAAUAUUAGAAACAAUAUAUUUUAGUUCGUAUGUAAUAGUCGGCGUUCUAUUGUUUACUGUUAAUUGUUUUUUUCUAUUUUGAUUAUUAUUAUUAUUAUUUUACACACGUGUAAAGUACUUUAAUUUUUGUUCGAACGAGGAUAACAAAACAAGCUCAUAAAACGCUCUCUCUCAAAACAAUGGAAUUUUUUUUUGUUUUUAAUCAAAUUCUAGUCUAAUUUUAAUUUUAUACUCAUGAUAAAUAUUAUAUACUAUAUUUACGAAAAUAAAAACAAUGUAACAACUUAAAAUAUUAUAAUAAACAUUUAUCCACGUGGAACUUUCGUUCUACGAAAGCCCAAAGAAAACUGACUUGUCUCCGAGACGAAAUAUGUGCAAUGUCUAUAUGAAUUUGUAUUUAUAUUAUAAUAAAAAUGUUUUCAUAUAUAUUAUAUAUAAAUGUAGAAAUGUAAUAUUAUGUAUCCUAUUCGAAUACUAUUUUUAAACUUAAAUCGAACACACCCUAGUCAAUAAGUGAUGCUUCAACGCACUAAUCAAUGCACUUAAGUGAUUUUGUACUUACAUUUUUCAAUUUUUAAAUCUUUAAAACAUUUUCUAUUUAUUAAAAAUGUUUAUAAACUUA